ACGUAAUGUUUAUCAUCAUUUCACUAGUAACUACCUAGGCCAAGAUUUCACUUUGACCGUCGGCAGGAGAAUGCAGACCCCUAGGCCUAGAGUAGGCUAAACUAAUGAGUUUGUAAGAUUGAGUUUAAAACUAACAUGAUUUUCAGACUUCUAAGGUUUCUGGCUAAUAAUGAGCAACUUAUAGAAAAGCUCUCCGAGUCGAGAGUAAUGAGACGGAUUGCCCAGAUGACUGCAUACUCCAUGAAUAAAGCACAAGAAAUAGGUCACGAAGCAAUAGAAAAAGCAGCCGAGUCUGAGAGUAUAAGGAAGUUCUCAGAGACCGAGUCACAGGAUGAGAAUAAGAUAUCAACAUUCAGCAGAACAUUUAUGAAAGAAGUGCAGGAGGGACUGAAAGAAAUGAAUGAAGAACUAAAAAAGAAAGAUUGAAUUUAGGAACAGACUACAUUUGUUUGAUUUAAAAACCACCUUACUUGGAAUUCUUAUAAAUAUAUACUGUAUAUAUAAUAAAGUUUUCUAAAUUAGAAUUGUAAAUUGUGUUGUAGAAAAUACAGUAUGAUUUGUGUUAAGUGUAAAGGAGUAAGGGGUUACUUCUUCACAGUCUAGCUAGUAGCAGCAGCAGACCCAAGCCGGUGAGAUGUUUACAUCUAAUUGUGAACUCAGUUGAUGAAGGAGCACUGUAACAUUCAGGGGACUAAGCACAUUUGUUUUUAAUUUAAAAAACAUCUUGCAUUACAUUGCAUCUUGACUAAUGUUCUGUAGGGUUGUAGCUGUAGGAAACAUUUUAAGAGUGGGUGGGUGAUAACAUUGGUACACUCUAGAUAAGGCCUAAACAAAUUGUUUGCCCUCCAGCGCCCGCCCCUAACUCACUGAAAAAUAGGGGGGUUUUAAAAAAUUUUUGUUCACUAAUUUAAGGAAGUGAUCUUUUCUUCUCCAUUUUGCACAUGAAAGUUGUCUAAAUUUGGUGUCUUGUGUAAAAUAUCGCCCUUCUAGGCCUAUAUUCAUUACAAAAUAUUGAUUAUUGGUUAUUUUUAUUUAGUCUGAUGAAUACCCUUUGAAAAGCAAAUACUGUACUAAUUUCAAGCACUGCAAUUUAAUGUUAAU